AUGAAAAGAGACAGACCUUUAUCAUCUUCUGAUUUAAUAACUUUACCAAAUAAAAAGAGAAAAAUUGAGACUUCUCCCUCAACUCAAAAUAAAAAAGUAUUCGGAUUCGGUACAAAAUAUUCUGGAAAUUCGUUUGCCAUGUUAACGGGGGAAGAGGACGAGGUUACACUACAUACAGUUCGGGUGAAAUUAUAUUGUAUGGAGGAGCAGUGGAAAGAAAGAGGAGUCGGCCUUUUGAAACUUAAUCGUUCAAAAAGCACUGUAAAAUCACCGCGUUUAGUUAUGCGCACUGAGAAUACAUUAAAGGUGAUUUUAAACAUAACAUUAUUCCACGGAAUGCAUGUUGAAAAACAAGACAAAUUCGUAAGAUUAUUCGUAUAUGAAGAUGCCACACUCGUUCAUCUUGCGAUCAAGGCAACUGACGAUUUAUACAAUACUAUUAUCGAUGCAAUUCCUUCAACCCAAAAUUAA